AUGCCUUCUCCUGCCGUCAACGUGAACAACCAGCUUGUCUCAAAUGUGAAGCUGCUUGACAUGGAGGGUGUUCUUGCCAUGUCAAGUAGCUGGAGCGAGACUUUCGGGGAUGACGGGCCCUCAAGGGUUGAUCUGUGGUUUCUGGAGGACUACAAAUCCAAUGUUUGGGUCUGCAAGUGCCGCAUUGAAUUGCCGGUGGAAGAUAUCAGCCGUUUCCUUGGAUUGCUCGAUUUGUGGACUGCUGUUGUUGUGUCCCAUGAGGGAGAUGUGCUGGUUGAUCUCAUGAAUCGCCUGCUGGGAUAUGACAGGGAGGGCAAUUCAGUGGCAAAUUUGCCGUGUGAUUGCAGCUUGCUAGAGAUUGGUCCACAUAUGCUUAAGCGGAGCCUUGUUCCUCAUGCAUCGCUUGGGAUGAAGAACCAUAGUCCCAACAAACCACCUUUCCUCUGA